AUGCUCAGGACCUUGUAUGACACGGAUGUGACUACCUGGUCCCCGCAGGGAAAGCUCUUCCAGGUGGACUAUGCCAUGGAGGCGGUCAAGCAAGGUUCGGUCUGCAUGGGGCUUAGGUCCCAGCACCAUGCAGUGCUGUGCAGUCUCAAGAGAUCGCCCCUCGAACUUGCCAAUUUCUUUGAAAAGGUGUUCAAAGUGGACGAUCACGUCGGGAUGGCGAUGUCAGGACUCACUGCAGAUGGUCGUAUCCUCUGCAAGUAUAUGCGCAGUGAGUGCCUGAACUAUAAAUUCACGUAUGGAUCCAAUCACCCAGUUGGAAGGCUCAUUUCAAAGGUGGGAGACAAGUCUCAGGUCAAAACUCAGAAUGCUUCGAAGCGGCCCUAUGGCGUUGGGCUGCUGGUCGCUGGAAUGGAUCAAGACGGACCCCACAUUUUUGAGACCUGCCCCAGCGGAAAUUACUAUGAGUAUUUCUGCUACGCUAUCGGGGCCCGAUCUCAGGCUGCCAAGACAUACUUCGAAAAUUAUCUGGAAAAGAUCAAAAAGGCUCCCUCGGCUGAAAAUCUGGCACUGCAUGCCUUGUCUGCCCUCAAAAAAUGCUCUCAGGAGGGAGACGACAUCAAUGAAAAAAGUGUUGAAAUGGCCAUCAUCAGCACCGACGGCUACAAACUUUCCAGCUAG